UUGCCCCCGAGGGUGAGCGCUGGCGUCGAAAACUGGUCUAAUCUUGUGGGUAAUAACGGCAUGAUGGGCCAAAUAGUGUUCUUGGCCUUCUGCGCUUCUUUUUGCUGGUUCAAUGAUUCCUUGCUUCAGGUAAUCUAGGAAAACUUUAUUAUAUUUUCCCAAUAGAUCGGCUGAUCGAUGAAGGCUAGUGUAGGUGGAACAAAGUCGGCUAAAUGCCAUUCUAUAAUUGCUAGGUAAUGGGGCUCUAGGUUCGCGCCAUAACCAACUAACUGAGUAUCGUCCUUCAUCAUCCUGAGUUAUUGAUGUUUCCAAUUUAUUUAUGGCUAUCUGGUCAUCGUCAGCAGCGGGAUUUUCCUUAAUUCCAAUGCUCUCUAGACUCCAAAAUUCCUCUAUUGUAUUUGAUGGUGGCAUUUGGUCUACGCAUGUUUUACCUACCGCGGCUAAGGAAUGCGACAAUUUACCUCCCUGAGGACUCAUGUCGGAUUCACCUCCCACGACUGGACCAAAUACUGUUUGUAUGACGAAUAGACCUGGGGCAACUUCAGUCUUGCCCAUAAAAUAUUUCCAGAAAUGUCGGGUACCGAGCAUAAUCCCCGGAACCUCCGUAGACAGCUCAAUCGCUUUACGAACCUCCGGCAAAUCGGUAGCUCGGGUAGGCAUUUCGGCCACCCAGUUAGCCAUUUCAAAUGAUGUACUGAUUUCUUUUGUCCAAUUAAGUUCCAGGUCUUCCCAUCCUCCGUCCUCUCUUGCAAUAGCAACGGCGUAA